AUGUCUGAAUUACUACAACGACAAAAAAUAAUAUUAAACCAUUUCCAAGACGAUGAAAUAGAAUUCUUUGCAACGGACGAACUGGUCACCGUGGAACCUCUCGAGACUAUAGAAGAGUUUGAGUUGCUUAACAAAAGAAGUUAUGGUCCUUUUCGACCAGGCAAACGCGACCAAGUACCGCUUUGGGUUGCGUUAAAGUGGUCUCAACGUCGAAAGGUCAAAAAGAUUAUUGUACCUACAUGGAUGUCACCCGAAAAUUUGGAACUUGCUCUCCUUGAAGAACGAACAGAACCAGAAAAAUUCACUAGCCGAUUGCCUUUGCAUUGGUAUCAAACAGAAGAGAAAAUCAAAACCAUUGUAUCAGAAAUACUAGCUAAUCGUAAAGAGAAAAUGAAGGCUAAAGUUGUAUCAUUAAAACCAGGACAUACGAAAGGUAUUUACCGAACACUUGAGAAUGAAGAAGAUAAUAGUGGAUCUCUAUUAAUAAAUCAACAUUCUUUGUUGUUUGAUAUAAUGGAACUUCUUUUUCUGAGGCAGAAAUUUAAUAAUGCUUGUCGAAGACGUAUGGGUGGUUCAAUGGGAAAUGUGAAGAUGUAA